CCGAGCCCGGAGCCAUGGAGGGGCCUGGCCAGGAGGCCUACGAGGAGAGGAUGAGGAGGACCCUGGACCCCGAGGGCUACGAGGACCCCGGCAUAAAGGGCUCCCACCUAUCGCUGGGGGAGAUGAGCAGGGCCGGCGCCAGCACCGGGUCCCCCUUGCACGCAUGGAGGGCCAGAGCCGAGGAGCUGACGCCCCUGCGCCAGUAUUUGCCCAGCCGCCGGGGAUGCUAUGACCUGGAUGGGAGGAGGCGCGCGGCCGGGGCCCCCCCGGGACAGGCGAGCCGCCGUGGCGGACGGCAGCCUCCGUCGGUGACUGAUGUGGACCUGGAGGCGGCAGGGAGUAGGAGGCCCGUGUCCCGGAGGGACACCCAUGAGGGCUACGUGGAGCUGCAUGAGCUGGUCAUGGACAGCGCGAAGGAGCUGUGCUGGAUGGAGGCCGGCCACUGGCUCAAGCUGGAGGAGGACUUCAAGGAAGCCGGGCACUGGGGCCAGCCCCAUCUCUCCUUCCUGACCUACCGCAGCCUCCUGGAGAUCCGCCGGGCUUUGGCCAAAGGCACCGUGCUCCUCGACGUGCCGGCCACCUCGCUGGCGGCCACCUCGCUGGCGGCCAUCGCCCACGUCCUCAUCGACCAGAUGAUCUACGAGGGGCAGAUCAAGCCGCAGGACCGCGAUGACAUCCUGAGGACACUGCUGCUGCAGCACAAACACCCCAGCGAGGCCGAGUCGGUCAGGACCCUGCCGCUGGCGCAGCUGCAGCGCUCCGGCACGGGCCGGGCAGAGACGGAGCAGCCGCUGCUGCGGGAGCAGCAGCCCCUGGAGUUGCGCAGGCUGGCCGGGACCGACCCGAGUGGGUCCACUAAACCCCAGCUCCCCGAGAAGGUCCCCGAGGAUGCCGAGGCCACGCUGGUCCUCGUGGGCUGCGCAGCCUUCCUGGAGCAGCCGACGCUGGCCUUCGUGCGCCUGAAGGACGCAGUGACACUGGACGCCGUCCUCGACGUGUCCCUGCCCGUGCGCUUCCUCUUCGUGGUCCUGGGCCCCGACAGCCCCCACAUCAGCUACCACGAGAUCGGCCGUGCCGUCGCCACCAUGAUGUCCGAGAGGGUCUUUCGCCGGGACGCCUACCUGGCCGAGGGCCGCCAGGACCUGCUGCGGGGGGUGGAGGACUUCCUGGAGGCCAGCAUCGUCCUGCCACCCACCGAGACCCCGAGCGAGCAGCUCCUCCGCAGCCUGGUGCCGCUGCAGCACGAGCUGCUCCGCCGCCGCUACCAGCCCCCCGAGAAGGUGCCGGGCGAGGACUUCCUAAAAGACCUGGGGCUGGAGGCACCGGCACCGGAGGAUGACGACCCCCUGCGCAGGACAGGGCGACCUUUUGGGGGGCUGGUGCGGGACAUCCGCCGCCGGUACCCCAAAUAUCUCAGCGACCUCAGGGAUGCCUGCAGCCCCCAGUGCCUGGCCGCCAUCAUCUUCAUCUACUUUGCGGCGCUGUCACCUGCUGUCACCUUUGGAGGCUUGCUGAGUGAGAAGACCAAGGGCAUGAUGGGGGUGUCGGAGCUGCUCAUCUCCACCUCUGUGCAGUGCAUCCUCUUCAGCUUCCUCAGCGCCCAGCCCCUGCUCGUCAUCGGCUUCUCGGGACCCCUCCUCGUCUUUGAGGAAGCCUUCUACACGUUCUGCAGCGACAAUGGCAUGGAGUACAUCGUGGGCCGGGUCUGGAUCGGCUUCUGGCUGAUCCUGCUGGUGCUGGUGGUGGUGGCCUUUGAGGGCAGCGUCCUGGUGCGCUACCUGUCCCGCUACACCCAGGAGAUCUUCUCCUUCCUCAUCUCCCUCAUCUUCAUCUACGAGACCUUCGCCAAGCUCACCACGAUCUUUAAGGAUCACCCACUAAAGCGGCAUUACAACGUGCAAUCCGUGUUCGAACCCAAAGUGCCGGAGCCCAACACGGCGCUGCUGUCCCUUGUCCUCAUGGCCGGAACCUUCUUCCUGGCCUUCUUCCUCCGCAAGUUCAAGAACAGCGCUUUCCUGCCUGGCAAGGCCCGGCGCUUGAUCGGGGACUUCGGGGUGCCCAUUUCCAUCUUCAUCAUGGCGCUGGUCGACUUCUUCAUCAAGGACACGUACACACAGAAACUGAAUGUCCCCAAAGGGCUGGAGGUGACCAACGCGUCCGCCCGGGGCUGGUUUAUCAACCCCAUGGGGAACAACAUCGCCUUCCCCAUCUGGAUGAUGUUCGCCUCCGCAAUACCUGCCCUCCUGGUCUUCAUCCUCAUCUUCCUCGAGACGCAGAUCACCACCCUCAUCGUCAGCAAGCCCGAGAGGAAGCUGGUGAAGGGCUCCGGCUUCCACCUGGACCUGCUGCUGAUCGUGGCCAUGGGCGGGCUGGCCGCCCUCUUCGGCAUGCCCUGGCUCAGCGCCACCACCGUCCGCACCAUCACCCACGCCAACGCCCUCACCGUCAUGAGCAAGUCCUCCGCUCCCGGCGACAAGUCCCAGAUCUUGGAGGUGAAGGAACAGCGCAUCAGCGGCUUCGUGGUGGCCGUGCUCAUCGGCAUCUCCAUCCUCAUGGAGCCCGUCCUGAAGUACAUCCCGCUGGCCGUGCUCUUCGGCAUCUUCCUCUACAUGGGCGUCACCUCCCUCUUCGGCAUCCAGCUCUUUGACCGCAUCCUGCUCCUGCUGAUGCCACCCAAGUACCACCCCAGCGAGCCCUACGUCACCCGGGUGAAGACUUGGCGGAUGCACCUCUUCACCUUCACCCAGAUCGUCGUCCUCGUGCUGCUGUGGGUGGUGAAGUCCACCCCGGCCUCGCUGGCGCUGCCCUUCGUCCUCAUCCUCACCGUGCCCCUGCGGCGCUUCCUGCUGCCCAAGAUCUUUCGGGACAUUGAGCUCAAAUGCCUGGACGCGGAUGACGCGGUGGUCACCUUCGAAGAGACGGAGGGCGUGGACGUGUACAACGAGGUGCAGAUGCCCAGCUAAGGGCUUGCUGCCGCCCGC